AUGGCCCUUGUCGUGGCGCUGGUGGCCGUGCGCUUUGCCCAGCGCACCCGCGCCACCAAGAAGAACACCUUUGGGUGGGUGCGGGCCGAGGUGAUGGGCGCCCUCGUCAAUGCCGUCUUCCUCACCGCCCUCUGCUUCACCAUCCUGCUGGAGGCCAUUGAGCGCUUCACGGAGCCCCAUGAGAUCCAGCAGCCGCUGGUGGUCAUCGGCGUUGGGGUGGCGGGACUCAUCAUCAACCUGCUGGGGCUCUGCCUCUUCAACCACCACGGUGUCGGGGGCCACGGCCAUUCCCAUGGCCACGGACACUCGCACAGCGGCAGGCAGCACCCCCGCAGCGGCACCAAGCCCGAACAGCCACCCGGGGAUGGGGAAGCUGCACUGCACCGGGAGGAGACCAGCACCUUGGUGGAGAACUGCAGCAGCUCCAACGGAGUCAGCCAGGAGAAGCUAGGUGAUAUGAAAGAUGACAUGACUGACCUACAAGUGAACGGGAACGCUGGUCAUUAUUCUCUGGAUGUGGAGGAGGUUGAAGAAGACUCUAGUGCACAGCUUAACAUGCGUGGAGUUUUUCUGCAUGUUUUUGGAGAUGCCUUAGGUUCAGUAAUUGUGGUAGUGAAUGCCUUGCUCUUUUAUGGGUUGUGGAAUCCAUGCCCCAAAGAUGGGCCCUGCUUUAAUCCAUGCGUCAAUAAUCAUUGCAUGGAAAAUGCUACUUUAUCCCAAAUGCUUGGCAGAGCAAACAAGUCUGAGCAAGAGAGCAUUACGGUGGCUGGUCCGUGCUGGUUGCUAUAUUUAGAUCCCGUCCUUUGUUUGAUUAUGGUUUGUAUACUCCUUUACACAACUUACCCGUUACUUAGGGAGUCAGCCCUUAUACUUCUACAGACUGUUCCCAAACAAAUAGAUGUUCAUUCUUUGAACUCAAAAUUGCGUACCCUUGAAGGAGUUGAAGCAGUCCAUGAAUUACACAUUUGGCAGCUGGCAGGCAGUAGGAUCAUUGGCACCGCUCACAUAAAGUGUCCUGACCCUUCCACAUACAUGAUGGUGGCAAAACGCAUAAAGGAGAUCUUUCAUGACGAAGGGAUUCACGCAACUACCAUUCAGCCUGAGUUUGCCAGCGUUGGCUCUGAAUCAGGGAGAGGGAAAUGUGAGUUUCCUUGCAGGACUCAGUGUGCUUUGAAGCAGUGUUGCGGAACAGGAGAAGAUAGUACUACAAAGAAGACAGAAAAAUCUUCGUCGCUUAGUAUUUCUUGUUCAGAAGUUGUCAUUGAAUUUCCGAAAACUAGGAGGACUAAGUCGGAGAGCAUCCCUUCAGUUAAGCUUGAGGCAAACACCGAUCAAAAUGAGCAGUUUGAAUCAUCUUUGUAACUCCCUGAAUGGUGCUACCUGAGUUUUGGUGACUUUGACAACAGCUAUAUUGCAAGAGGAAGAGACAGACGUUUGAGAUGCAAUUUUGCCAAGUAGUGUAAUUGCUGAAGUCCUUGUUCUUGUCAUACUGCUAAAUCUAGAAUGCUUGUUUUAAAGAACAUAAUGUCACUGUCAUGAUACAAUGUGUUUGUGUUGACUUUGUACUGAGACAGACAGAAAGUGCACCAAUGCUGUAACAACUUCAGAAAACCAGUUUCAACAUUUCAGCGGAGACACUUUUUGCUGUGCUUCAAAUUAAAAUAUUUUUUCCAGUGAAAAGGUAUUUGAGGGAUAAGCAUGUAGGAACUCGAUUUGUGUUACAGGUUUCUUGGACCUACUCUUUCCUUUAAUAUUUGAUUUGUAGAUAUUUUAAUAUAUUGUUUAUUUAGAAGCCCUAAGGAAACCAAAGUUCAUAGAACGUUUUUAAAGAUAUAACUACUUAAAACUGGAAACCACUUUGCAGUUUCACAUAUUUUUCUUAGACCUAUAUAAUAAUAAAUGUGAAGGCUUUUCUAAUGGAUUUAUCAUAUAGCAUAUUUUAAAGAGAACAUCAUGUGAUUGUUAGAAACUGUCCCCACUUUUUCUGGUAAGGUAGCGAGGUAAUUAAAAUCAACUGCUUGUGAAAAUAUCAGAUGUGAAAGGGGUUUUUUUUUCCAUCAGAAUGGAACUUCAAGCUACUGUAUACUGCUCUGUGAUCAAGACAUGAGACUGACUGAUAAAGUAACGCAUACUUU